AUGGGACUAAACGACAGCAGCCCGGGCGCCAUGCGCAACGGCCGGGCGCUCUCGGACCAGUGGGCGGAUUCCGUGGUGGUCCGGCCUCGAACCACCGAGCGCCACAUCACGGUGCACAAACGCCUGGUGCUGGGCUUCGCCCUGUCCAUCCUCACCCUCAUCGUGGUCACGGUGGUGGCCGUGGUGCUCAGCGUCCGCUACGAGGAGUGCGGCGGGCGAGACCGCGACGGGGCCGCCGGGGAGUCGGGGUCGAGGGGGUCGGCGAAGUCCAACGGGAGCAGAGGGGAGCGGUCGGGCGACAGGGGGGACGAGGAGGCGGUGCAGCCGUGGAGGAACUCCAGGCUGCCGGGCACGGUGAGGCCGCGGCACUACGACCUGCGACUCGCCGUCAACAUGGACAACUUCACCUUCUCCGGAGACGUCGGCAUCGAGCUGGAGUGCGUCAACGCCACCCGGUUCAUCGUGCUGCACACCGACCGCCUUGAGGUGGACCGGGUGUCCGUCACGGCGGAGGGCGGCGCCGGCGGCCGCCCCGCCAACAGGCCCGGGGGCGGAGCCAUGCGCGUCCACCGCCACUUCGCCUACCCGGCCAAUCAGAUGUACGUGGUGGUUCUGCACCGCGAGCUGAAGCCCAUGAGGGUUUACCGGCUGAAAGUGAGCUUCAACGCCGCCAUCGAGGACGAGCUGCUGGGCUUCUUCCGGAGCUCCUACACCGUGCAGAGAGAGAAACGCUACCUGGCGGUGACCCAGUUCAGUCCCACCCACGCGCGGAAGGCCUUCCCCUGCUUCGACGAGCCCGUCUACAAGGCCACGUUCUCGCUCGCGCUGCGCCACGACGCGCAGUACAGCGCCCUGUCCAACAUGCCGGUGGAGAGCAGCACGCCGCCGCAGGAGGACGGCGGCGUCACCGACCGCUUCGCGCGCACGCCGCGCAUGUCCACCUACUACGUGGCCUGGGCCGUGUGCAACUUCACCUACAGGGAGACGCAGACCGACGACGGCGUGACGAUCCGUUUGUACGCCCGGCCCGACGCCAUCGCCAGCGGAGCCGGAGACUACGCGCUGCACAUCACCAAGAGGCUGCUGGGCUUCUACCAGGACUACUUCAAGGUCCAGUACUCACUGCCCAAGCUAGACUUGUUGGCGGUGCCCAAACACCCCUACGCCGCCAUGGAGAACUGGGGGCUGAGCGUCUUCGUGGAGCAGAAGAUCCUAUUGGACGCCGAGGUGUCGUCGGCGUCCUAUCAGAUGGAGGUGACCAUGGUGGUCGUCCACGAAAUCUGCCACCAGUGGUUUGGUGACCUGGUGACUCCGGUCUGGUGGGAGGACGUCUGGCUGAAGGAAGGUUUUGCUCAUUUCUUCGAGUACGUCGGCACCGACUUCCUCUUCCCCAAGUGGAACAUGGAGAAGCAACGCUUCCUGACGGACGUGCUCCAUGAGGUGAUGCUAUUGGAUGGGCUUAGCUCCUCCCACCCGAUCUCCCAGGAAGUGGAACAGGCGGCGGACAUCGACCGAGUCUUCGACUGGAUCGCCUACAAAAAAGGGGCGGCGUUGAUCCGGAUGCUGGCCAACGUGAUGGGACAGACGCUGUUCCAGAAAGGACUCAACGAUUAUCUGCUGAGUCACAUGUACGGCAACGCAGCCAGAGACGACCUGUGGAGCAAACUGUCUCAGGCCAUGCGUUCAGAGGGGCGGGACAUCGACAUUGGGCAGAUGAUGGACAGGUGGACUCUACAAAUGGGCUACCCCGUUGUCACCAUCAGCAAGAACCAAUCGGAGCAGCUCCCCACUCAUUACGUCACCAUCAGCCAGGAGCACUUCCUGUACGGACAGGAACUCAGGAGCAACAACAGCUUACAGUGGCAGAUCCCGUUGACGGUUGCCGUGGGCAACGCCUCCAGUGUGAGUGCAGAGAGCCUCAUCUGGGUCCACAACAGAUCCGAGACCCACAGGGUCGGACAGAUGGACGAUACCACCUGGUUGUUGGGCAACAUCAACCAGACGGGUUACUUCCGCGUGAACUAUGACAUCCAGAACUGGAAACUGCUGAUUCAACAGCUUCACAACAACCCCCAAAUCAUCUCCGUUGGAAACCGGGCCGGACUUAUCGACGACGCCUUCAACCUGGCCAGGGCCGGGUACCUCCCACAGGGCGUUCCCUUGCAGCUGAUUGGCUACCUGCCAGCGGAGCCGUCCUUCCUGCCGUGGCACUCCGCCAGCCGGGCGCUCUACCAGCUGGACAAACUGCUGGACCGCACAGACGAAUACAGCCUGUUCAGUGACUACGUGCUGAAGCAGGUUGCAUCGCGGUACCAUCAGAUGGGUUGGCCAACAAACGGGCCCGGCGGCGAGGGCAACGUGUUGCAGGCGUCCUACCAGACUGAGGAGCUGCAGAGGGAGCUCAUCAUGUUAGCAUGCAGCUUCGGGAACAAGCAGUGCCACCGUCAGGCCGUCGCCUACAUCUCAGACUGGAUCUCCAGCAACAAGAACAGGAUUCCUCCCAACAUCAGAGACAUCGUCUACUGCACCGGGGUCAGUCUGAUGGACGAGGACGUCUGGGAGUUCAUCUGGAUGAAGUUUCACUCCACCAACGCCGUUUCAGAGAAGAGGAUCCUGCUGGAAGCUCUGACCUGCUCGGACAACAGCUUCCUCCUCAACAGGCUACUGAACCUGUCUCUGACCUCUGACCUGGUCCCCGAACAGGACGUGAUCGACGUCAUCAUCCACGUGGGUAGAAACCCGCAGGGUCGAAACCUCGCCUGGAAGUACUUCAGAGAAAAGUGGGACAUCCUCAACGCACGCUACGGUGAAGCGCUGUUCAUGAACUCGAAGCUCAUCGGGGGAGUCACGGAGUUCCUGAACACGGAGAAGGAGCUCAAUGAGUUGAAGGACUUCAUCAAGUCCAGCGGCGUGGGGGCGGGGCCUGCAUGGCCGCGGGCGCUGGAGAUCGUGGAGGGAAACGUGCGCUGGCACCACCUCCACCGGCGGCAGUUCUACCAGUGGCUUCGCAAACCUCUGAGCUCCGCCCUCGGCUAACGCUGG